UGCUCCGAUGCCUCUCAUUAUUGCUCUGACUCUACCUGACGCAGCUGAGGCAGUGUGAGGAAACCCGCCACCAGCAUCCUGCACCAUGGAGGCGGCCACGGCACCAAAGCCAUGGACAUUAUACGCAUUAGGAGGACACAGCUCACUGUUUCCUUUUUUAAUGUUCAUUUUAAGCCAAUGUUGUCGGAUAAGAGCGGAUGACGGCGGCAUAGAGGAACUUGCCACGGAGAAAGAAGCAGAGGAAAGUCACAGGCAGGACAGCGUGAAUUUACUUACAUUCAUUUUGCUUUUGACACUCACUAUCCUCACGAUAUGGCUCUUCAAACACAGAAGAGUGCGCUUCCUGCACGAAACGGGACUGGCAAUGAUAUACGGUCUGUUGGUGGGUGUUAUUUUGCGGUAUGGCAUCCCGUCCACCAGCUACCAUAAUAAAACUCCUCCGAGUUGCACCCUGAGGGAGGGUCCUGUCAGCACGGUGCUCCUCAACGUUAGUGGAAAGUUCUUUGAGUACACACUCAAGGGGGAGAUCAAUCUCAGAGAAAUCCACAGUGUGGAGCAGAAUGACAUGUUGCGCAAGUUGACCUUUGACCCCGAGGUGUUCUUCAACAUUCUGCUACCUCCCAUCAUAUUCCACGCCGGAUACAGCCUCAAAAAGAGACACUUCUUCAGAAACUUAGGAUCAAUAAUAACUUAUGCGUUUCUGGGCACUGCCAUUUCCUGUUUUGUCAUUGGAAACCUUAUGUAUGGCGUGGUGAAACUGAUGCAGGUUAUGGGUCAACUCACUGACAAGUUCUACUACACAGACUGCCUCUUCUUUGGUGCCAUAAUAUCUGCCACAGAUCCAGUCACAGUGCUCGCGAUCUUUAAUGAGCUUCAUGCUGAUGGUGAUCUCUAUGCGCUGCUGUUUGGAGAGAGCGUCAUGAAUGAUGCCGUCGCCAUAGUCCUUUCAUCGUCAAUUGUAGCGUAUCAGCCUUCAGGAGCCAACACGCACACAUUUGAUGCCUCUGCCUUCUUCAAGUCAGUAGGCGUUUUCUUGGGCAUCUUCAGUGGCUCUUUCGCUAUGGGUGCAGUCACUGGAGUAGUCACUGCCCUCGUGACAAAAUUCACCAAGCUGCACUGUUUCCCUCUGCUGGAGACUGCUCUGUUCUUCCUCAUGUCUUGGAGUACCUUUCUACUGGCCGAAGCUUGUGGAUUCACAGGUGUUGUCGCUGUGCUGUUUUGUGGAAUCACACAGGCCCAUUAUACCUACAACAAUCUCUCUGAGGAGUCGACCAAACGCACUAAACAGUUGUUUGAGGUGCUACACUUCCUAGCAGAGAACUUCAUCUUCUCAUACAUGGGCCUGGCGCUCUUCACCUUUCAGAAUCACGUCUUCAGCCCUAUUUUCAUAUUUGGAGCCUUUAUCGCCAUCUUUAUCGGCCGGGCCUUGAACAUCUAUCCUUUGUCUUUCGUGAUUAACCUGGGCCGAAGACACAAAAUCAGGGGAAACUUUCAGCACAUGAUGAUGUUUGCAGGGCUGCGAGGGGCAAUGGCAUUCGCUCUGGCUAUCCGUGACACCGCCACAUAUGCGCGGCAGAUGAUGUUCACCACGACCCUGCUCAUUGUGUUCUUCACAGUUUGGGUGUUUGGGGGAGGCACCACGCCAAUGCUGUCCUGGCUGCAUAUCAGGGUUGGAGAGACGUCUGCUGCAGAGAAGGAGAGGCUGCGUAGACUGUGGAAUUACGACAGAGUUGGAGUGGACCCCGACCAGGAUCUUCAGCCAUGUGGGGACAGCUUCCAGGUCCUUCAGGGAGAUGGAUCCCAAUCAGAAGGACAGAGCAAGACCAAGCAAGAGAGCGCCUGGCUUUUCAGACUUUGGUAUACUUUUGACCACAAUUAUCUAAAGCCUAUCCUGACCCAUAGCGGCCCCCCUUUGACCACCACUCUGCCGGCCUGCUGCGGUCCUCUUGCUCGAUGUCUGACCAGCCCCCAGGCCUAUGAGAACCAUGAGCCGCUGCGAGACAAUGACUCAGACCUCAUCCUGAAUGAAGGAGACCUGACGCUGACCUAUGGCGACACAGCCAUCACAGCCAAUGGGGCCUCGUCCUCCGGUCCUGAAGGAUCGGGCGGCAGCUGGGGUGUGAACGGCAAACGCAGCGACAGCACGUCAGAGGACGCUCUGGAGCGAGAACUGGACACUCGUGAACAUGAGCUCUUGAGCCGUGGCACACGUCUUGUUUUCCCCAUGGAGGACCACGCUUGACCCCACCUCACAAAACCGCCUCCCUGCGCUCCAUGCCUCCACUUUUCUUGCACAUUGAUCCAUCAGACCACCCACGACCCCUCCAAAGAUCUCAUGCAGGGGGUCUGAACACUCAAGGGAACCUAAAGAUGGAGAUCAGGAGGGUUUGUUCUCAAAGAAACGGAGGCGACAUAAUUGAUGCUAUGGCAGACUCCUGAAAAUGUGAUUUGUAGAAGAAAAAAUAUAUAAAAAAAAAAACCUGUAUAUUGGACCGCUUUGGGCACUGAUGUCCUUAGGAUGAAGGAUUGAUGCAGAACGGUCUCUGCUGCCCUUAACAUUCACACCGUCCACCACAUAUUAACAUUUUAGCAUAGUAAUUUUUUGUUAGCAAUGCUGCUACAAGCUAUGACUGAGACGGGAACAGCCAGUAUUAUCUUAAUUUGCAUUUAAAUGCUUGUCUUUCUCCAUCAGGCAAAUAAGCGAACAGCUCGUAAUGUUUGUAAAUAUUCCAUGGCAGCGGUGUUUGAAAGCUCACAAACACAAAGACAACAUUGACAUGAGUGCAUGCUCAUCUCAUGACUGCAUACGGAAAUCUUGUAAUACUUAACUCUAGUGAUUUGGAGUUUACACUUCCUGCAGUAUCUUGGUUGUACGAACACCAAGUUAACGUGCCGGUCGUUGUAAAUAUGAAUGUUGGUCUGCACAGCUGUGGGACUUUUUUUGGUUUUUAAGCUGAAUGCAACCAGAGUGUAUGAGCCAUGCACUUUAGCUGCAGCUGAGCUGCAGUCCUUGCAUGUUUUGCUUUAUUAUAUUAGCAUAUUAACCACUUGCACACUCCCAGCCAGAAUUGCAGACCGAUGUAGUUAUCAAAGAGUCUUCGUAUCUGCAUCAAACAUUCUUUUUGCGCCUCUUCAAAUUAGAAUGUUUUUGAAGGUGGAUUUUUCCAUAUGUAUGAGCUGCUGCUGUCUAGCAGUCGGCGAUUCUGAAAUCAGGAAUCUGGAGUGUUUGGUAUGACGUUGACCCGGCUGUUUAUGUGUUCAUGCAGUGAACGGGUGGCCUUGAGCCAGUAACCGCCAAUGCGCAUUCCUUCCCUCCUCCGUGUCUGGAAAUGAAUCAUGUUAACGAAUGCAAGUCUAAAGUCCGAGAAUUUAGUUAAUAACUAACUUACAGAUGUUUGAAAAAAGUCCUCAUUAAUUCCGAUUUAUAUUCAACACAAUAAACUAAACCUUUGCACUCUUUCCACUUGGUAACCUUUACAAUGGUCUGCACUUGCGCCUGUCUGUUAGCUUGAGGUGUGCAAGGAAAUGCAUCACUUCAGUAAAAUCUAGUUCAGCAUCUGACCAGAACAUACAUCGAGGAGAUUUGCACUAUUUAUGUGGAGCAAAUGAGCCUUGCAGGCUUCGCGGCAAUCAGUUUGAGGUGCAGAACCUAAAUAACUGGCUGUAGCACAUGUGAUCUGGUUAAGAAGUCACUCCUCUUUUGAAUGACUCUUUCAAUCUGUCUUUUUUUUUUUCCUGACCAUACUAUGGUGGACUUGUGUGUACCUUCAGGAUAUGUAUCUCCCUCCUGUAGCAUUCACCUUUUACUUGCUGUUCUGCAUGUCAGUAUAUAAACAAACAAAAACCCAUAAUCAAGCUGCCAUUUUUUUUGUCUGUGAUGUAUGAAACGCCAAAAUGCUCAGUUUUCCCAUUUGAAUCCAUUUAAAGGUCUACUCUGCCCCCAAAAUGACAGUUUUGUCUUUAAUUACUUACCCCCGUGUCGUUCCAAACAGCAUUGUUCAUCUUCGUAACACAGUUCAAGACGUUUAGGAUGAAAAUCAGGCUUGCGAUCGUCCCAUUGGCUGGCAAGUAAUGAACACUGUCAGGACCCAGAAAAGUCAAAAUAGGCAUCGUUGAAGUAGUCCCAUCUGCCGUCGGUGGUUCAACUGUAACAUUAUAAAGCGACGAGAAUACUUUUUGUAUGCAAAGAAAAUAAAAGAUUUAUUUAACAAUUCAGCACUUCUUUGCGUACAAAAAGUGUUCUCGUUGCUUCCUGAAAUCUAGAUCAAAGCAUGGAUGGCAGAUGGAGUAUUUUGAUGAUGUCUCUUGUACUUGACUGUGUUGGCAGUCAACGGGACAGACAAGCCUCUUUGUUUUUAUCCAAAAUGUCUUCUAUUGUGUUCUGAAGACGAACAAAGCUUUUACAGGGGAUACGACAUGGGGGUAAGCGAUUUAAUAAAACUAUUUUCAUUUUGGGGUAGUGUAACCCUUUAAGAUGCACUCAGCCUGUUAAAUAAUGCGACAAAACUGUGGUAUGGAUUGUAGUUUACCAAAUGUAUGUUUAUAAAAAAAAAAAAUAGCCAAUGUAUCAAAGUGGGCUACAGUAGCAAUACCUAAGUAAGGUAUUUGUUUUAUUUUAUAUGUCAUUAAAUAAGAAGAAUAAUAAAACAAGAAAACUAGUGUUUACAACAAA